AUGGGGAUCCAGGCUCGUGGACUUUACCAGGAUGACUCUCCGAGCUCAAGAUCCGACUCCGAUACAGACGAUCCUCCCCUCGCUCCCACUAGCGACGAUGAAAACUCGCACGAUCUGCAAGAUGAUUCUGACGAGUCUUCUUCGGAUCAGGAAGAACCAAUGUCAUCUUCAUCGUCUUCUUCCUCCUCUUUAGACGAGUCGGAAUCAGAUGAUAUCAUUUACGAACCUUUUGAAGAUGAAGGUAGAACCCCAAGGAGGAUAGUGAGAAGGAAAGAGCAGAUUGUCGAUUGUUUGGAAUGCCUGGGUUCAAUCUUAGAUAAGAGGGGUGGCGUUGAUCUGAUAGAAAGAGAUUUAAGGAUCAUCGAAGAAAAGAGAUCCAAAGUAUCAUUGAGAUCAUCAAAUUUGAAUGGGAAUGGAAUUCGAAUGAAGGGAACGGGCAAGGGCAGAUCGAAAAUGAAAACGCGAAAUCAGAAGAAAGUGAAUCCAUUAAGUAAAGUGGACACACCCUGGACGAGAUUGGUCGAUUUGAUAAGAAUGAUGAGAGUUGAUGGAAGUGCUGAGAAAGAUCCCAAAGAGAUUCGAUAUUGUCUGGGGGUUUUGCAUCACUUGAUCCAACAGGAUAUCUUACCAUUGAUACAAGAUCGACACUACAUACAUACUCUUUCAGGAAUCGAAAGUCGUACUAUUCGUUCUUUAAGAUCUGGAAAUAUCAACUUACCAAAAGGUUUUUUCCAACUGAUAUCAUCAGAUCCAUCCCAUCUUCAUCUCAUAUCUCAAACACCCUUGUUCUUCCUCUUACGUCUAAUUCGAUAUACCCUAAAUCCCGAUCAGAUCAAACCGAAUAUACUGGAUUUAUCGAAUUUACCAUAUGAUAAUGUGAAUGCGUUCUUGCACGAAGUCGAUUUUGAGGGUUUAUUUCAAGUUGUUGGAUCGAGUGUGGAAGAGGUAACGCAUUUGGACCUGUCGGGUAAUAGCAUAAAUAAUGAGGGAUUGUGGGGUACAGCACAGAGUAAUUUCCCAGAGGUUCGAUCAAUGAUGCCAUUACCAUUACCAUUUCCUAACAUCCAAGUCAUCAACCUCAAAAAUGCUCCCAACUUGACGAAUUUGCCUCUUAGUAUGGUCCGAUUACCUAAAUUGCGACGGAUAAUUGCGAAUCGACAUUCCCCUCUUUGGUGGUCUUGCGAAGAUACUGCAAAAUUCCUUCGGCAUGAUGCCCAAGCGCAGAACCCGCUCGAGAUGAAAGUGAAACUGAAGAAGAAUCAGGGUAAUACUGAUGGCGGAAAGAUAAGGGAGGGUGUAUCAAGUCUGGUUGAGCAUUGUAUUUUAUCGCUCCUUCAACUGCGAUAUUCUACUCACGAUCGCGAAGAAUUAGUCAACUACGAGAACACGGUGGAAGAGAUGCUUCCUGAGAGGUAUUUAGGAAUAUACCAGAACUCGUAUAGAUGCGAUAGAUGCUUCAAGAUUAACAUUGUACACAACAACGAGAAGAAGUCAGGUAUGGAAACGUCGAUACAAGAGGAAAUGGGCUGGAUGAUGGAUAAUCCUCAUCUACCUUAUACAGCCUUGGAAAGGAAUUCAGUAACGCUUAAACCAGUUAGAGUGGUGGGUAGAUGUUGUGGGAUCUGUAAGUUACAAGUGGCUAGGUUAGGUCGAGUAUACAGAGUGAACGGGAUAUCACGAGAUUGA